CAAUGCUCCACUCAAUCUCACCAAAUUCACUUCGUUCCACUCGGCGGAGCCAAGGAAAAAAUAUCAGCAGCAGGGCGACGAAGCAGCAGCAGCGAGAAGAACGCGUUGCAGAGACACCCAAGAGAGAGACUCAUAGAAGAAGCCUGAAGCCAUGGUCUCGGCAGCCACGUCAGCGGCGGUGCCUCACCGGCUCCUCUCCAACCCGUCCUGCUCCCUCUCCAGCCUCUCCUCCUUCAAGCUGUGCACGCUAGACUCCAGGGCGCUCGUCUCGUUGAAGAAGAGACAUGUCGGAUCUGCUGGAGCCGCCGCAGGAGGAGUGAGGUGCAUGGCGGUGGCGACCGAGACGGCUGGGACUGCGAAGAAGAAGAAGAGCGGGUACGAUAUCCUGACGCUGACGACAUGGCUGCUGCAGCAGGAGAAGGAAGGGGUGAUCGACGCCGAGCUGACCAUUGUGCUGUCGAGCAUCUCGAUGGCGUGCAAGCAGAUUGCAUCGCUGGUCCAGCGGGCAGGCAUUUCGAACCUGACGGGGGUGCAGGGGGCUGUCAACGUCCAGGGCGAGGACCAAAAGAAGCUUGACGUCGUCUCUAAUGAGGUGUUCUCAAGCUGCCUGAGAUCGAGCGGGAGGACUGGGAUAAUAGCCUCCGAGGAGGAGGACGUGCCAGUGGCCGUGGAGGAGAGCUUCUCCGGCAACUACAUCGUGGUGUUUGACCCACUUGAUGGAUCAUCCAACAUCGAUGCUGCUGUUUCCACUGGCUCCAUCUUUGGGAUCUACAGCCCCAAUGAUGAGUGCCUAGCCGACAUCGGCGACGACGAGAAUCUCGACAAUGCAGAGCAGAGGUGCGUGGUGAAUGUGUGCCAGCCGGGGGACAACCUCCUGGCAGCGGGCUACUGCAUGUACUCGAGCUCCGUCAUCUUUGUCAUCACCAUUGGCAAAGGCGUCUACGCCUUCACCCUCGACCCGAUGUAUGGUGAAUUCGUGCUCACCCAGGAGAACAUCCAGAUCCCAAAGGCCGGCAAGAUCUACUCCUUCAACGAGGGAAACUACCAGCUGUGGGACGACAAGCUGAAGAAGUACAUCGAUGACCUCAAGGACCCGGGCCCGACCGGUAAGCCUUACUCGGCCCGGUACAUUGGGAGCCUCGUGGGGGACUUCCACAGGACCCUGUUGUACGGCGGCAUUUAUGGGUACCCGAGGGACAAGAAGAGCAAGAACGGGAAGCUGAGGCUGUUGUACGAGUGUGCCCCGAUGAGCUUCAUCGUGGAGCAGGCCGGAGGGAAGGGAUCGGAUGGUCACCAGCGGGUACUAGACAUUCAACCUGUCGAGAUUCAUCAGCGAGUGCCGUUGUACAUUGGGAGCGUGGAGGAAGUCGAGAAACUGGAAAAGUAUCUUGCUUAGCAAUUGAACUACCGGAAGAACAGGGUAAUUUUUGCUGUAAAAUGACAUUUCCAUAUAGUGAACCCCCGCUCUAAAAGUGAAGAAAGAAUUUAAAGCGAAGUCACACGAUUCUGCGCA